CUCCUUUGCACUCUCUCCAUCCUUUUCUCUUGUCUUCCUCUCCUGCCUCCACCUUUUCUUUCCUUCACACAUUCUCAGUUUUCUCCCACUGCUCACUCCUCCCCCGCCUCCUCUUCCCUCCCUCCAUCUAUCCAUUUUAUUCUUCUCUUAUUUCGCCUCCCUGCUUUGCGUUCUCCUGGUGAUGACAGGAGUUUUGAAAGGAGGAGGUGCAGGGAAGGGGUGAGUUUCUAUAAGAGCAGCUGCAUUCAGACUCCACGUAGCCAGAAAACCACACAGAGACUGAAGCAAGGAAACGGACACCAACCACCUCCACAUCCACCCGAGGAGCCAAAAUCUCAGCCAACACAGCCGCAAGCGCCACCAUGAGGACUGCGUUGGUUCUGCUGCUGCUCUGCCUGUGCGAUGGAAUGCAGAGUACCUGUCAGACAGACUGUCUGUCCUGCAGCAGCAUCAUCCCCAAACAGCUGAGCUUCAAUGCUGUGGUGUGUCUCAUAGAGUGUGAAGGAAACGUCUCACCAGCCUUCACCUGGGACCUCUGUCGCCAGGCGCUUCCAUCGCUGGGCUCCCCCGUGUCUUUAGGAGGUGCCAUAUGGAAAAGAUCCCAGGAGGAGGUGGAGGCCCAGUUUCCUGAUGAGGAAGAGCAGGCAGAGGGAGGCUUGUUGCUUCCUGUUGCUUUGCAGAGAUUUGACCAUGUGACUCGAGCACUGGGGGUGGACAAGGACCUGGGAAGCAAGGUCAACCAGAUGAACACUGCCUACAAUUCACAGAAUUCCUUGUCCCUUGAGGAUGAAUAUAACGAAGAAGAAGGGAAGGAUGAAGGACAGGGUGACACAGAGCUCAGCCUAUCCAAGAGGUUUGGAGGGUUCUACAGAGGGCGGCACGGCUACAAGAAGCUAAUUUCUCCUGGAAGAUCAUACCAGAAGAGGUAUGGAGGCUUCAUCGGAAUUCGCAAAUCAGCCCGAAAGUGGAACAACCAAAAACGUUUCAGUGAAUUCUUGAAGCAGUACCUGGGAAUGAGCACUCGGGCAACUGAGUUCAGCAGCAUGGCAGAAGAUGUCGGCCAGCAGAAUGAAGUUUAACGUUUCCUGUCAAAACGUAAUGUCGCCAAAAACCACCUACUGUUAGAAUUCUGUCAGGGACUGAAGAUUUUUUUUUCUUCUGAUUCUGGAUCACAUUAAUCUUGAGGAUAUAAAACUGGCUCAGUUUCGGACUUGGAUCCCAAUUACCAAUUAAAAAAAAAAUAUCAUGUGUUAUUCAGCAGCUGCCCGACUAUCAUAAAUCCACCAAAGAAAUAAAUCAUCGUUGUGACCCCUUCA